AUGGCACAAUACUAUGAGAUAGUACAGCAAGAUGAGCUUAAAAACGUUUAUCCGCAGCUAAAUAUCGACAACGGUAUCCAGCUUGUCAUGGGUGACGAUAUACAGUUUGGCUCGCAGCAAGUAAUUCUUUCACAUGAGCAAUCCAACGACGUACAGUUGAUUGGUGGCGUGUACCAAACAAGACAACAGAUUCCUCAGCAGCCGCAGCAGCAGCAGCAGCAGCAGCAGCAACAACAACAGCAGCAACAGCAACAGCAGCAGCAACAGCAACAGCAGCUACAGUUGCAACCUCCUCAACAUGUACAGGACACAAACUAUUUAAGACAGGUGAACAAUCCCUUGCCAUCGGACACUUCCUAUAUGCAGCAAGGGAUGCACGCGCCGCAAACACACCUGCAGCAACAGCAAAUUUACUAUACGGACGAAAGCACGGGACAACUCGUGCAGACUACCAAUAUUUUACAAUCCCAAGAACCGAUGCAUGACACCCAGCAGCAGCAGCAGCAGCAACAACAACAGACACUUCACGUGAUGCAAACAGCUACGGAACAGCAGAUACAUCAUCAGCAGCAACAGCAACAGCAAAUUCUGCACCAACAAAUGGCAUCAUCUCAGCAGCAGCAACAACAACAGCAGCAGCAGCAGCAGCAUCAAUCUACUUCACAGCAAUCGGCACAACCAGGCUCUCAUUCGGUUGUGCAAGUUGUUCAGGAAUCUCACCGUCACGGACAACAUUUAAUCAUUCGUCAAACUGACCAGGCUAAACAGGGACCGGGAACCGUACAGCAAACGCCACAGCAUAUUCUUACUCACCACCAGGCGGCUCAGGUGAUAAUGCAAGGACAAGGCGCCUCGCCUCAGCUUGUGCAGGCGCAGGAAUCGCAGCAACAGCAGCCCGACCAGCAGACACAACCCAACAUACAACAGGUAGUGUACGAUCAGCACGGUAUGCAACAGCAACAACACCAAACCGUUCCGUUGACAAUAAAUCAAACUGCAUCCACCGCAGUCCAACAACAGCAAACAAAAGCCACACAGUCGCUGCAGCAGAUUCAAUUGCAACAUGUACCACAACAGCAGCAACAGCAACGUUUACAUCUCGGCAAAAAUUCUAUAACAAUAACCACACCACAACAUUCGCAUUUACAGCAACAACAAGGCUCUACCAUGCAGCUUCAGCAGUCGGGAGCAAUUGGAACACAAUUAUUCCCUGGAGGCACUCGGACAUGUUUAAUUGUAACGAAAACGCCACAACAACAGCAGCAACACGUCGGUGUUGGGACGCAAAUUGUUACAAAUCAGCAGCCGCAACAACAAUCCGUGCAGAUGCAAACAAACGUAGUGCAACAACCGACACUGCUCGGUACGACGCGUACGGUGCCGGUUCAACAACAUCAAAUUAAGCAGGAGCCACAGCAACAAACGCAGAUAGUAACCCAGCAAAAGGUUUCAACCGGACAGUUUACCGGACAGUCUGGUGGCGGCACCGUGCUAACACCGGCCGGAGAUUCGCUGCUUCGUACACCACGAUUGACGCGCCCGCGAAACACGAAACCGGGCAACCCGAGACAGCCACGGGCCGGCGCACCUACGAUCGGUACAAUACAAAUGCGAGGGCCACGACCACCCCUGACGGCGCAAAUAAUCGCCACCCCGAUACGCACUGCGGUAGCGACAUCCACGUCGACCGGCGGGUUAAAUGCGCAGACGACACAGCAAACCGUGUUUCAUGGUAUUAUGGCCGGGCGGAAUGUGGUGCUUACGAAUCCUCGCGCAAAAAUCCUCACGAUCAAUCGUUCCGCGCAGGCGGGCGGUAUAGCCACCAUACAAGGACAACCGCCACGGUUAGUAAUGCAGCGAAGCAACGUUGUUCAACCUACCGGACAAACUUCGCUUAAUAUUGCUCAGCAGCAGCAGCAGCAACAGCAGCAACAGCAGCAGCAGCAGCAGCAGCAACAGCAGCAACAUGAACAGGGUCAAACAGGGCCGCAAAUGAUACAGGUCAGCUUGGCACAGGUUGUACAGCAAACCAAUUCGUCUACGCUGAAUACAGCGUCAACAUCGACAACGGCAACAACAGGGCCGGCAACAGCGGUGGUACAUCCGUUUGUGAUGGGAAAACCCACGGCGCAGGUUAAACCAACCCGGGAUCCAGCAGCCAAUUCCGGUUCGAGCGCAUUGGAAGAUCUGGAGGACAGCAUCACGGUGGCGGUAUUACCUCGACGAGGAACGGAAGACGAUGGCACUUCCACGGUCAGUACGCUAUCGGUGCCCGGUAAUGUAACGGCGGGAUCUGUUUACACCGUCCAUACGCAACAGUCUCCACAGGUUGUUUCUGCCUCGCUGCAGCAAACGCAAAGGAAUGUUCUGAAUCCAUCGUUCACCGAAGACUCUAACAAUCUGAUCCAGAUCGGCAACGGGCUCACGAUGACACCGGCAGAGUUCCGCACGUUUCAGGAAAAGCAGCAGCAACGCCAACAGGAAGCAUUCCGUGGUGGCUUUAACCAGUCAGUACGGGCUCGCAUGCCACAUCGCGGUAUGACGAUUCGACAUCGGGCACCGACCGGUCGCCAAAUGGUGACUAUUCAAACGCCACCCAACCAACAGAUUACAACCACACCGCAGAUAACGCUCCCGCAGGGACCGAUCACGAUCUCGGCCUCGGCUGUGCUGCAACAGCAGCGCUUUUUGCAGCCCAUCACCCAGAUUCAGUUGCAGCAAAUUACGCCGACAACCACACUGAAGCAGGUGCAAACGAUCGGCCCACAAUCGGGUGACACGGAGUUCCGCGAAAGUGCCCGCAUGUUGGUUAUCCUGCAGAGCGGCGAGCAGAGGUUGAUAACGUUCACGCUGCCGAAGGAAAGCUGCACUGUGCAGGAUCUGCUCGAGCAGGUGCAGGUGCAGUACUCACCUGAUAGUAACAUUCAGUGCAUUUCGAAUCCGGGCGGCGAUGUCGAUUACAUUGUAACGGUGGGAAUUGGAGAGUCGGAAACGGCGGAAGUGAUCAGACAGGCUGAAAUCACACUGCGCAGUCAAUCGAUCCAACUGCACCAUCAUCCGGUUCCAGCGCAGCCUGUGGUGCAGCAACAACAGCCGCAGCCACAGCAGCAACCUACUGUGCUGAUGCAACAGCAACCGUGUGUAAUACAGCAACCUCAGCAGCAGCAUCAACUACAACAGCAACAGCAAACGAUGAUGAUCACUGUACAUCCGAAUCCGCCACAACCGUCGCAGCAGCAGCAGCAAACGCAAGUGAUAUCGCGGUUUUCCGAUUCGUACCGGCAGACAAUAUCGCUAGGUACAACACCGGUAUCAGUUGCCUCAUCAUCGCAUAUGCAAUCUCUGCUGCAGACUGCAACGCCGGACAACACUCCUGAUGCGAAACAGAAGCUGAUUAAAGGUUUCCUUGCCGUAUGUGCGUCCUGUGGUUACACUGGCUUGGAUCAUGCCAAAUGCCAGCGAUGCAAACGCGUGUUCACCGAGACACCGCGCCGUAUACCGGAGCCGGAAAAGUCUCAAACACCGCUAUCGUCCAUCAACCACCCACCGCCGCUCGUGCCGAACGCGACAUCAACGCCGAUAGGUGGUGGGCCAAUACGAAAGUAUGACCUUUAUGCAAAGAAGCAAGGAAUGAGCGCGCUUCUAAUGCGCUCUGGCCGUGGUGCAUCGGUACGGUCCAGUCGGGGUAGGGGACGCGGGGGGGUAGCGACCAAGUAUCAGGAAAUUGAACAGUCCAUACUGACAGUGAGUAGCGAUGAUGAGGACACGAACACGACGAAUGAUCAAUCGAGAACGAUUUACCAGUCGGCGAUCGGUAACUCCUCCAAGGCUAACGUUUCUCAACAGCCAAUUAAACGGGAUCCACUGCCAUGUGAACCGGUAAACAGCGAAAACGAUACAAGCCUCGUCGCUAACGAUAAACUGCGCUUGGAUAUCACGGACGUGAAGAAUCUUCCCGAUGGACAAAUAACGCAAAUCGACUGCACUGUUAUAAGGCUGGGUACUCUGAAAUAUGAUGCAAAUGAGAAGGUUACAAUUUCGUCGAAAGGCGUCCGUAUUGUGGCUCCGAAUGUUAGGCGCCCAGCCGAGUUUGUUAGUUUAGAUCUGCAGAUGCAUGAGAUGAAGAAAGUUCUUACCCACUUCUCGAAGGCACUGAACGUAAUAUUCUUAUAUACGAACAACUCUGGCGGUGCGUACGUACGAAAGCAUCUAGAAAUGGAUCCCAACUCGGAAAAGCUGCCUUGCUUCCGGCCGGAACUUGUCUCUAAUGAUACAACAAAGCGGAUCACUCUGCUGAUGGAUAGCAUUAGCGAAGAGGCAAAAUCAAUCAUUAGAAACAUUUUCCUUCCGAAUCUGUUGGAGGAGAUCAGUAUUCGUGACGCGAAAGAGUUGUUACUUCGCUGUUCUCCUAGUCGGUCGUUGAACACAUCCAAUACCAACGCGUUAACAGAUGCGAACGGUUCCAAUUCCAACGACAUGCUUGAUGCGAUGGAAAUCCGCAAAAUUCUAAUAUACCCACUCGUCGGCAGGGGUAUUUCGAUCAACACGGAAGAUUACAUGUGUUUAGCGAGAGAUCAGUACUUGAACGAUAUUAUAAUCGACUUUUAUCUCAACUAUCUGAAGCUGGAAAUGCUCGAGGAGGAGGAACGUCAGAGCGUACACAUUUUUAGUACAUUUUUCUACAACCGACUAACAAAGUUGAACACCCGCCAGCGACCACCGCCCGGCGAAGGUAGAGAUGUGAAGCUGUCCGCGGCCCAGAAGCGUCACGCGCGCGUUGCCAGCUGGACAAGGCGGGAGAACAUAUUCGAAAAGAAGUACAUCGUCAUUCCAAUCAACGAGCAGUCGCACUGGUUCCUUGCAAUAAUAUGUUUUCCCGGUCUCGAUGGUCCGGUUACGAUGAGCAAUGAUGCUCCCGCGCCGAGUGCGUCCGCUACGGUAAAGCCGAAACCGAAGCCGAACACCACGACGCGUCCGAGGCGCAAUCUAACAAUGCAGAUUGGUAACACGACGAUAACGCCCGUUUCCAAGCGCGAGAUGGAAUCGAUCCACCUCACCGACGAAGACAUGUUCGAGCGGGACGAAGCGGACGGUGACGAAAGCGAGCUGGCCAGCGAUGGUGAGGAAAGCGAUGAUGAAGCGGCAGAUGACGUGAGACAGCCGAUUAAACAACCAUGUAUUUUAAUCUUCGACUCCUUGACGGGUGCCUCUCGAAGUCGCGUGGUGGCAACGCUGCGCGACUAUCUGACUUGUGAAUAUCGGGCAAAAAUGCCCAACAAACCUCCGAAGCAGUUCAACAAGCUCAACAUGCCCGGACAUUGCGUGAAGGUUCCGCAGCAAAACAAUUACACCGACUGUGGACUGUAUCUGUUGCAGUAUGUGGAGCACUUUUUCCUUGAACCCAUACUCGAUUACCAUCUACCAAUCAGGCAGCUACAAGAAUGGUUUGAAACAAUUACCGUCACGAAAAAGCGUGAGGAUAUUUGCAACUUGAUCAAGGAAUUGAUUGAAAAACACAACCCCAGCGUACUCCCAUUGCCAUCGAUUGAGCUGCCUACGCUCAAUGGUAAAUUAGUAAUGGAUUCCGAUGACGGUUUGAACGAUCCCGAGUUUGAAGAAGAGGAAAUGGACAUGGAGGACGAAUUUGUUAGUGCAUUCGACAUGACGCCGGAAGAAGAUGAACAGCAGCUUAACACGUCCUCCAAUGCAAAUGAAUCGUCGAGCGAAACUACCAUUACCAGUGGGUCCAGUUUGAAACCGAUCGGUUCGAAGAAAACCAUCAACUUUAAGCGUGUCGGCGGGCAGUCGCUGAUCAGUCGAUCGUCUAGCAACAACUUACUCGAUAUUAGUUCGAACACUGACAGUCAAGCUACCACCACUACUAAUGUGAGCACCAGCAGUACUGGUGUCAGUGCAAAACGUUCGUUAGGUGGGAAUUCAAACAGUGGGAACAAGCAGCAGCAAGAAUGUGGACGUCCCAAGAUACCACGUCUCAGUGGUGAAAGUUCGAGUAAAAUAGUAACCACACAGCUAUAACACGAUUCGGGGACCGUACGGCGAGCUUUGGAACAUAACAUACGGUGGGAUAGGUGAAUAAAUUGCACCGGAUACUAUACUAUUUCCGGAGUUGACGCACACAGCUCUGGCCUGUAAAUGUAAAUGUAAGCCCUACCUAUGUGAGACGAUAGAGAAAGAAAAAGAAAUAGCUGUACGAAAAUCUUUUCAUUCAUUCGUCGUUACGUUAACUGUAAUAUAAACUCAAACCCGCGUGUGCAAGACGAAUCGUUGAUUGUUUGCAUGAAUUGUAAAACAUUAUGAAAUCAUUAUCUCAUUUAUUUACUAUCAAUUCAUAACAGGAAGUGAUUUUAAAAGAGAGGGAUGUGAAAGGAGCCAGUGGACAGGUAGUAAUUAUCGACAGCAAGAUAGGGCAGGUGCGUGCAGGUUACAUCAUUCACCCGGCCAUGUAUGGAUUAGUUUUGGAUUUUGUUGUGAUCGCUACGUUCGCGUCUCUCAGCAGGAAAAGACAACUUAGUUGAGCAAAUUGCUGUCAGAUGUCAGGUUAAAUUGUUUUAGUCGCGGUUAAGUUAGGUUGUUCCAAACGAACUGGAUCCAUCCGAGCUUAAUACAUGGGAUAACCUUAGAUUUGAAAUUGAUCACAUUAGUUCUUUGAUAGAAGUUUUCACACUAAUCGUAAAAAGAAUACGCUCUAUUCUAUGCAGCAUGGUAUGAAGCAUCCUGUAGAAAGUAAGAACAGCAUUGGAAUGAAAUAAAAUUUUGUUAACAAUAAA